AAUCUCUACUUGUCAAACAAACGAGAACUCACCUGUUAAUCCCAACCUUAACGUGCCUCGUGAAUGGCUCCCUCCUUCCCAAGUACUGCUACUGGCCCAAAAGUGCAACACCAAGCAUAGCCAUGGGACUAAGCAUCAUUUACAACCCUAACUAAAAGCUACUGGCCUUUUUCUUCUUUGGCAACUCUGUAUGUUUUCUCUGUUUCCGUGAAAAACAAGAGCUCCAAGCCAUGGCCUCGAUUCCCCGUGUUUCACUUUCCAAGACACAAGGGUCCCCUUCCUUUUCCAACUCAUUGCUGCCAUCGCCUACAGGUUCUCUUCCUAUCCGAGCUCCUAUUACUCCUGACGAUGAUUCUUCUGAUUUUGAAUCUAACGGUCAUACUGACCAUGGUUAUAGUGAUACUAGUAGUAAUAUUGAUAAUGGGUCUGAGUCUGACGAGUAUGUUAGUGUUGAGGAGUUUGAAAGUGGAUCAGAGAAGCUUUUUGCAGGCAGCCCAGAUGAGGAAAACCGUGAAGACAGUGGCCUUUUGGAUAAAAAUAAACUCUCUAGGGCUUUUGUGCCGAACCCAGAUGAAGAAAGUUUGGGAAGUUCAGUUAUAGACGAGGAGAGUGGUGUCACUGAUCAUUAUAGGCCCGUUGUCGAAUCCGAUAGUCCUUAUUUGCAGCGGGUUAUGCCUGUUGCCCAAUUGUCAGUGGAUGACGAUGAUUUUGAGGGGUCGAUGAGUGAUGAGGGAAUGGUCAGCGGUGAUACGGGAGAUGGCAGGUUUUCAGCUAUGGUUAGUGCACCUAGAGUCAGAGUGUCGGCUGUUGAAUAUGAUAAAGAAGAUGAGCCAUUGGUGCAAGGAGAUUCACAUGUUGUGAACGAGAUUGAGUUGUUACCAGUGGGAGAUAAUGAGGAUUUGAUUUCGGGUAAUUUUGUUGGAGCAGACUAUGAUGUUUCGGGUAUUGAAGAAAGUAAAUUUGCAGUGAAGUGUUCUCCUAAUGGCUCUGCUUCGGUUGAAUUGAUCAAGAAUGAUUACCGUGCGUUUACAUCGGAAGCUCAAGUCGAGCCUUCGGUGGAAAAUAAAGAGAAUCCAGAAAUGAAGGUAGAUGCUAAGCAUGUUGCUGAUGAACCCGUUUCAGUUGAAUUGGUUGAGGACGAUGGUCAAGUUCUUGUACCAGAGGCUCCUAUCGAGUUUUUGGUGGAGAGCAAAGAAGAGGUCUUGGGGAAAUAUUCUCAAGUGGAUGAUGAUACUAAGCAAUUUGCUGAAGAAAGGCCGCAGCUUGGGAAUUUGGAGCAGGAAAAGAUUGAACUGAAUGGAAGAGAUGGGCACAACAUAAAGAGUAUGGAGAACGUUUUUAUGAAUCAUGUAUCUGAGAAUUGCAGUGCCAGCCAGCUAAAGGAACAUGUUUCUGAUGUAACUAAUGGUUGUGGUGAUACUUCUGAGUUGAACCAGGUUGAGAAUAUUGUUCCAGAUAUACGAGAAAUGAAAGUUGAUGGUGCUGUCCUGCAAGAGGUACAGAUAAGUGAAAUAGUUAACAGUUCUAAUAAUUCCUCUGUGACUGUAAUUAAUUCUGCUGAUGAGUCUCUUCAGAAAAUUGUGCCAGAGCCUCAAGAAAUGAAAGUGGAAGUCUUGGGAGUGGAGGCAGAAAAAGCUACAGAUUUUGUUAACGGUUAUCAGAGCUGUGUCUUUAAUAGAAGUGUUGCCCUUGAGAAAGGCAAUGACAUUGAGAAACUAGACGGUAAAUCUAGGCGAGAAACUGGCAUGAGGGUUGAAUCUCUUGCACCUGAAGAUGCCAUCACAGUAGAAUCUGUGGACUCUGCAUUUGAGACGAACGAAAUUCAGACCGUGGAUUUGCUGGAAAGUGUUGAUUUUCCUGAAAUGUUUGGAGUUGAUAGACUAGAAGUAGCGUCUCAGGGCAAUACCAAUUCUUUUGGUAUCAGAGAUGAAGUAAACCAUGAUUCAGAAAAGAUAGAAACGCAAAGAGGUUUUUUGUCUGAUGAAGAUAUUGAAGAACUGAUAUUUGGAGGCUCUGGAAGUAUUGAGCGUAACAUGAGUGAAUUGGAGAAAAGUGCAGCCUCCUCUCCUUUACCAGUGGCUGAUGAUUUCCAUGAUCAUCAACACAACAUUGAUGGACAGAUUAUUGAAAAAUUGGAGACAGAUAAGGAGCGUGAAGCAAAGAAAUUAUUUGACUCAGCUGCAUUGGCUACUCUUUUGAAAGCAGCAACUGGAGUUGAGUUGGAUGGAGGCAGUGUCACGGCAACCUCUACUGGUUCUAAAGUAUUUUCUGUUGCGUACCCUGCUGGUUUGGGUUCCUCAUUUGACAGUACAAAACGGGCUUCUCAAUUGAGUAUGGUCAAGGAUGCCGUGAAUGAUCGCACAAGUGUGGAAGAAAAGAAGAUGAUUGAAAAGAUACAGCAUAUUAGGGUGAAGUUCUUGAGGCUUGUCCAGCGACUUGGACUUUCUCCUGAAGAUUCAAUAGUUGCACAAGUGUUACAUAGGUUGGUCCUAGCUGCAGGGUUACAUGUUAGCCAAGAAUUUACCCUUGAAUCUUCUAAGAGAAUGGCCAUGCAACUUGAAGCGGAGGGCAAAGAUGAAUUAGACUUCUGUUUGAACAUUUUUGUUAUUGGGAAAACUGGAGUGGGGAAAAGUGCUACCAUUAAUUCUAUAUUUGGAGAGAAGAAAGUCAUGAUCAAUGCAUUUGAACCUGCCACAACUAGGGUUAAAGAGAUUGUUGGAACAAUAGAUGGAGUUAGGAUCAGAAUCCUUGACACACCAGGUCUCAGAUCCCCUGUGAAGGAAGAAGCUACCAACAGGAAAAUAUUAGCAUCUAUAAAGAAGUUGACAGAGAAGUUCCCUCCGGAUGUUGUCCUCUAUGUUGAUCGGCUAGACACCCAUGCAAGAGACCUCAAUGAUUUGCCAUUGUUAGCCUCACUUACUAAUUCUCUCACCGCAUCAAUAUGGCGAAAUGCCAUUGUCACUCUGACCCAUGCAGCUGCUCCUCCUCCCGAUGGGCUAUCUGGAUCACCCCUAGGUUUUGAAGUUUUUGUUGCUCAACGAUCCCAUAGUGUUCAGCAGGCUAUUAGCCAAGCAGUUGGUGAUCUGCGUCUAAUGCAUCCAAGUAUGAUGCAUCCAGUAUCUCUCGUUGAGAAUCAUCCAUCGUGUCAAAAGAACAAAAGAGGAGAAAGUAUCCUUCCCAAUGGACAAAGUUGGAGACCCCAAUUACUACUGAUGUGCUACUCAUUGAAGAUUUUAUCAGAAGCGAGUUCUAUAACCAAGCCUCUAGAUCCUUCCGAUCACAAGAAGCUGUUUGGCUUAUGGCAACGUCCCCUACCUCUGUCCCACUUGGUGUCUUCUCUAUUGCAGUCUCGCCCUCAUCCAAAAUUCACUGCUGAGCAGGGUGGUGAUGAUGUUGACUCUGAUAUGGAAUUGUUAGAUUUAUCAGAUUCUGAUGAAGAAGAUGAAUAUGACCAGCUUCCACCAUUCAAGCCUUUGAAAAAAUUUCAGGUUAAUAAGCUCAGCAAAGAGCAAAGGAAAGCAUAUUUUGACGAAUAUGAUUAUCGGGUGAAACUUCUCCAAAAGAAGCAAUGGAAAGAGGAGGUGAAAAAGGUGAAGGAGCUCAAGAAGAAAGGCAAAGAUAGCAAAACCAAUCAUGACUGUAUCGGGGAAGAUGUGGACCAGGAAGAUGGAGGUCCAACAGCUGUGCCGGUUCCCAUGCCCGACUUUGUCCUCCCUCCCUCCUUUGACAGUGACAGUCCUUCUUAUAAGUACCGAAUGUUGGAGCCUGUAUCACAGCUUCUUGUGAGGCCAGUUCUGCACUCACAGGGCUGGGACCAUGACUGUGGGUAUGAUGGUGUUAGUCUUGAAAGAAAUCUUGCUAUUGCUGGUCAGUUCCCAGGUGCAAUUGCUGUUCAAAUCACGAAGGAUAAGAAAGUGUUUAAUAUCCAUUUAGAUUCCUCCAUUUGUGCAAAGCAUGGAGAAAAUGGAUCAACAAUGGCAGGAUUUGACAUUCAGACUAUUGGAAGGCAGCUUGGAUAUAUCCUCAGAAGUGAAACCAAAUUCAAGAAUUAUAAGAUAAACAAAACAUCUGCUGGGAUAGCCGUUACUAUGUUGAGCAAAAAUGUGGCUGCAGGACUGAAAAUUGAGAACCAGAUUGCUAUUGGAAAGCACUUGGCUUUGGUGGGUAAUGCUGGUGCUGUUAGAUCUGGAGGUGAUACAGCAUAUGGAGCCAACUUUGAAAUUCGCCUCAAAAGCAAGGAUUUUCCUGUAGAGCAGGAUCAAACCACAUUAGGCUUGUCUCUGAUGAAGUGGAGAGGUGAUUUGGGUGUAAUGGCCAACUUACAGUCUCAGUUUACCAUUGGUAGGAGUUCCAAAAUGGCCAUCAGUUUUGGAAUGAACAACAGGCGAAGUGGACAGAUCACCAUCAAGACCAGUAGCUCAGAACUGCAACUUGCCUUUAUCAGUAUUAUUCCAAUGGCAAUAUCCAUCUUAAAGAGUGUCUAUCCUGGUGGUGCUGUAAGAAACUCAUAAAUGCUAGAUUACUAGGGGUGUUUUUAUGGCAUCUAGCGUUUUCAGUUGGUUAAAUUUUGAAAGGCUAAACACUAUCAUCUCACUGGCCUUGAUGAUUAUAGCAACUUUGUUCAAUCUGCAAGAAAUUUAGGUUAUUUCAUAUGAGGGCAAGAGUAAGUCCAACGUCAGUGAACCGCGUAAAGAAUUAUAGACUCCUCAGUUUAUAUGUUAAACUAAUAUUUGGAAUAUGGACUUGUAUGAAAUGAAAAUUUUCUAUUUCGUUGGU